UACAAGGACACGAAGUUGUAAUGCUCUGUGAUUAUAAAUACGUGUAACACAGAAAUGGGGCCAUGUUUGUCUUUCAAUGUUAAGAAAGUUGCAACGAAAAAACAUGCAGCGUGUUCAAACCUGUACUUAUAAUUGUAUCAAAUAGAGUAUGGAUCUAACAUAACCAAGGUGCACGGCUUUCAUAUUCUUCAACGGAACCGUUUAGUUUGGUUUCUUUGGCACAAAGCAAUGGGGGUAGAUAUUCAAACGUAUCGCAGAAGAAUCGGAUCAUUUCGCUGCACGAAGGGCGAAAUAAUCAGUGACACAGGCCAGGACUCUAAAAUUAAAAAUAACAAAGGAAGUUGUCAAAACCGUGGUGUCCUUACCAUCACCCUCGUCAUUGUUCUGUUGAUGUUUGCAAUUGGAAAUGUAGGUCAGAAUGAAUUGUGGAAUUUGUGGGAAGAUAUGUUGCCUAUCUUGGUCAUAAAGGUACAAUUGCUCAUUUCUGGAGUAGAACUAAACCCUGGUCCUGGAUGUUUGACAGAUGUUAAAGCCGACAACAGUCAUUUGAAAGAAACAGCUUUGUGUGACAGGAAAUCAUAUCACUUGUGUGACAAAAACAUCGUCGGAAAGGGCACAGUACAGUCUAAAAGGCCAACACAAGACGGGAAGACACAUGAGAGGGUCGAAGCAGAUACGCAUAAAAGAAAAACAUGUGUUUAUUUUGGAAAGGUUGAACCAUGCACAGGUUCCAUUAAAGUCGAUAGCAUAUUCGGGACAAAAGUGUUUAAAAUCGGAUUAACAAUAGACUUACAAAAAGGUCUUCGCAAUAAAAAUAAUACAUCAACCAAGGGAUUUGCGAUAAGUCGCAUUCUAGAUGAAUUAUGUCAUUUUGGCAAGUUUGUGGAAAUGGAAAUACCGCCCUUGUUGUAUUUACGAAAGAGAAACGCGUUUAUGGUUUUACCGUCGGAUUCUUGGUGGAAUGAAUUGCAAACUUCGGCAAAGCAGAAGUUACAAACGGCUGUACUUGCCUUCAGAAAUGAGUUUAAACAAUCUUUCUAUAUUUGCGAUAAGCAUAUGAUUUCGAUGUUGGAUAAACAUAUUUCCAUUGCAAACGUGCCUACCUUAAAUUUCUGUGACAUCACGGAUAACGAAUCCUUUUGGUGGUUUUCACAUGAUUUCUACGCAACAGUGCGUAUAUUUACCCGAAUGGACAAAAACCGGAACUGAAGUACCCAACUCAAGUUUCUGAAGAUCAACAGCGACAUGACAGGCCAUUAACAGAUGACGAACCCUCACUAGAUGAACGACCAUCAACAAGCCACAAUAACGCCAUUACUCAAAUUGUAAAUGAGCCUCACAGCUAUCGUUAUGACGAUGAGCAAUGCGAGCCAAGAGAAACGACACCAGAAGUUCAGAUAAAUUCCUUGCACUUCAAUGAGAGAAGCACAGAGAGGUUUCAAUACAUGGCUCAUACAAAUAGAUAUCCAACUGCUAAAUAUCAUUCUUAUGAAAAUGAAGUAAACAGGAUGGACACGUUUCGUGGAUGGCCUUUACAACAACCAGACCCCAUAACCCUUUGUGACGCGGGUUUCUUUUUUACAGGUCAAAGUUACGAUCUCGUACGAUGUUUCUGUUGUGGUAUCGGGCUGAAAGACUUCUCAGACACGGACAAUCCACUCCUAGAACAUGUGAAACACUCAUCAAACUGUCCGUUCAUGUUAGAUAAAUUUGGAAGUCGUGCGGCCAUAGAAAGUUA